AUGGCCAGAUGGAACAAUGAGGAGAUGCCCAGCGCUUUUCCUGUUCAAUGUGGAGGGAAUGUUGAAGUACUAUCCGACAUUUGUGUCACCAUAGAGGAGAUUUUUCCCCCAGUACCACUCAAAUGGAAGGCCAAGGAGCAGGGGGGUCACGAAAUUUCACCAGCAGGACCCACAGGGCAAGUACUGAGCGACCAGGAGUGGGCUAUGGUAAACCGUGCUGUGUGGGCAGAAGCUUCUGCUUUGCAAUGUCGCAGGGAUCGUGUCGACCAAGCCAAGAAGCACUGCCAAGAGAAUCGUUCAAAGCACGAGGCUUAG